AUGUCCAACACAUCUGGAGAAGAGUCCCAGAACACUCCUCGUCAGCAAUUACAAAUGGGAGGCUGCACGCCUGUCUCAAGUAAAGGAGACACGAGUGCACCCGUGACAAAGAAGAGAAGAAGCCUUCCAGGCAAUCCAGACCCAGACGCAGAGGUGAUAGCUCUUUCUCCCAGGACUCUCUUAGCAACAAACCGUUACAUAUGUGAAGUGUGUCAUAAAGGCUUUCAGAGGGAUCAGAACCUUCAGCUACACAGGAGGGGUCAUAAUCUUCCAUGGAAGCUGAAACAAAGGAGCAGUACAGAAGCUAAGAAGAGGGUGUAUGUCUGCCCUGAGGUGAGCUGCACUCACCAUGACCCAAGCCGGGCUCUCGGUGACUUGACAGGCAUCAAGAAGCAUUACUCUAGAAAGCAUGGUGAGAAGAAAUGGAAGUGCGACAAGUGUUCCAAGAGAUACGCAGUUCAAUCAGACUGGAAGGCUCAUUCAAAGAUAUGUGGAACUAAAGAAUAUCGCUGCGAUUGUGGAACAAUUUUUUCAAGGAAGGACAGCUUCGUGACUCACCGAGCAUUCUGCGAUGCACUGACUGAAGAGAACUACAGAAUCAAUCAUGGACUCGCCGCCAUGGUUGGAAGCUUGCAUAGCCAGGCACAGGACAUGCUCUCACAUUCAAUGCCUAGUUUGACCACAGAUACCAUAACAAACCCAUCCAAUUCUGAUCAGAAUUCAAACAAUCCUCUAAGAUCCUUGUCACUAAAUCCUUUAAUUCCAGGCAGCUCUGACAUGCUUUUUAAUCAAAGCUCAGCACACACGUCUUGUCUCCAGCUUAGUGGUAGUGGAUCUAGCAGUCACCACAUGCCAAUGGGCUCUUCUUUUAUGUCUGCAACCGCUUUACUCCAGAAAGCAGCGGAGAUGGGAGCAAAGGUCAGUGAUGAUUCAAUUUCUCCUAUACUUCUCAGAGGUUUCACAGGCUACUCAGCUACAUCCAGAGCAUCGGGGUCUCGCAAGGAGCCUUUUAGUGGUCAUGGUGAUACUUCUUCUCAGCAGUGCCUAGACUCCUCCAUAGAAACCUCAGCCGUUCGUAAUCUGGGAUUAAUGUCCACAACCUCUGGUGGUUCUUAUGUCGAAAAUCACAGUGCCCUUCAGGCGAACUCAAAAUGGACUACCAGUGAUUUUAGACCUACUACAUUCCCUCUGCAGGGUGGAGUAGUUAACCUCUCCCUUCCAAUGAGAGCAGAAAACCAAAAUUCUACGGUUGUUUUGGAAGGACAGAUGCAGCAAAACACUUGCCAAGGGAUUGCAGAGGAUAGAGAAGUGAGAAUGACUCAGGAUUUCCUAGGCUUGGGACCCCUUGGGAAUGUCGGUUUUGGCCAUCCUAACUAUCAUGAUGAGAGUGCAGUUGCACUAAAUUAUUCAGAUGGGCAGCAACCAAGUGGACAUGCAAUGUAUCCUUAUCAUCAGAUGCCUGAUAGUUCUAAUGCAUUGGAGAAACCAACAUGGGAUUUCUAG